UUUUCAAGCAACAUAAAUGGAACUCUUCUCCUCACCCACAACUCCAUGCAAUCCAAAACCUCCUCAGAUGCCUCCAACCAGCACUCUAAGCGACGAAGAUGUCAUUUUUGAUGCCUUUUUGUUCACUAAUGAGACUCAAUCUGACUCUAAAGGCGAUCAGCCUCCCUCCAGUAAAACAGCAUUCAAAGAGAAGCCAAAACUUCAACUUAUUCAAACAAAGACAAGACAACUAAACAAGUUCACGGGCAGUACCUGAAUAGCAGAGCACACUAUGGCUUCAAUUGGCUUGACAGGCCCUGACUCCGAUUCUACUAAGACUGAACCCAUGAAGCAUCGGAUCAAAAGCCUCAUCCAAUCAGGUCUCAAAGGAUAUCUAUGCAAAUAAGAAACAUACAGGAAGGUUUAAAAGACCUUCAUCUCGACUUGAAACAAAGGCAGGGAAAAAGAAACUCGUCAAGAAGCAAAGACUCAAUAAUGACUGUAGCUUACUUGCAAGGAGACCAAAGUAAUCAACCUCCUUCUAGCUGUAGGCCUAAGCAAUGACUCCACAAGCAGAGCGAGAUUUCCAAUGUGGACCAAUUCGAAGACACAAAAGAAGUUCCUCGAGUAAAUAAAAAUAACAAUGAGAAUUUAACCCAAAAUCGUAAAAUAUUUUACCCAAAGUUCAUGAAAGAACUGGAAAUUGUUAAAGAGCCUGAAGAGGACAUUGAAAACGAAGAUUUCAGAGAACGACAUACUGAGGAAGAUGACUUUACCCUUCCAUCAUGAUUACCAAAUCUAUCUGCUUUAAGAAGACAAAAAAGGUGCAGCCUUGUCUAAAGAACAGUGAAUUUCAUGGUAGAGCUGGUCGAGAGGUGAUACAAUAAGCUCAAUGUGCUUAUUUUUACCCUACUUUUUGGUUACCGACCACAAAUAAAGUUUUUAUAACUUCAAAAAUCCUAAAUUAUCAAUCUGAU